AUGAUGCAGAGUGGUCCUGUGCAUGAGACGAAGGUGGGCAAUGGGACCACAGUACAGGAGUUCAUCCUGCUGGGCUUCAGGGUUGGACAACAGGGACGCCUGCUCCUUCUCAUCUUCUUCAUGGCUGUCUAUGCCCUCACUUUGGCUGAGAACAUCAUCAUCAUCACGAUAGUCGUUCAAGACUCUCACCUGGCCCGCCUUCCCAUGUACAUCUUGCUCAGCCACUUCUCCUGGCUAGAGAUGUGUUAUGUGAGUGCCACAGUGCCAAGGAUGCUCUUUGACCUGUCCUUCCCAUAUGGGGUCAUCUCCUUCCAUGCCUGCUUCCUCCAAUUCUACAACUUCUUCUCCCUCGGCAAUACCGAAUGCUUCUUCCUCUCGGCCAUGGCCUUGGAUCGCUAUUUGGCCAUCUGUCGCCCACUGCAGUACCCGAAAAUGAUGUCUCAAGAGGCCUGCUACAAAUUGGUGGCUGCUUGCUGGAUCCUUGGUUUCUUGUGGUACGCAGCACCAGUGUUCCUGAUCUCCAGGCUAUCCUUCUGCGGCCCCAACACUAUUGACCACUUUGUGUGUGAUCCGGGUCCCCUCUUUGCUUUGGCUUGCCCCCCGCUGGGGUAUGUACCCCGCCUCUUCAACAUCUUUGUCUCCUCUGUUGUUCUGGCCACCUUUCUGUUCAUUGCAGUCUCGUACGCAUUUGUAACUCUCACCCUGGUCAAAAAAUCAAGCCGGAGCAACCGUAUGAAGGGCUUCUCCACAGUCUCUUCCCACCUGGCCGUGGUGACCCUUUUCUAUGGCUCUGUGGUCGCAAUGUACGUAGAGCCGAACGGGGAAGAUCGCGCAGAGACAACGAAGGUCGUGACUCUCUUCUACUCUGCCGUCACCCCUCUGCUUAACCCGCUGAUCUACUGCCUUCGGAACGACCAGGUGAAGGAGGCAGUAUCCAGACGCUUGCAAAGGAAGAGGAUGAAGUAG